AUGGAUCAGUUGAGGGGAGCUUCUGUGUUCUCUAAGAUUGAUUUGAGGUCUGGAUAUCACCAGAUUUGGGUAAAGGAGGAAGACAUACCAAAGACUGCUUUCAAGACUCGGAUUUUCAGACCCUUUUUGGAUAAGUUUGUUGUGGUGUUCGUUGAUGACAUUUUAGUUUAUUCUGAAUCUAUGGAAGAACAUUUGAGGAUAGUUUUGCAAGUAUUGAAGGAGAAACAAUUAUUUGUAAAGUUGCCAAAAUGUAAAGCGAAUGUGGUAGCAGAUGCUUUGAGCAAAAAAUCUCUUCAUAUGUCUUACAUGAUGGUUAAAGAGAUGGAGUUAGUAGAGAAAUUCAGGGAUAUGAAUCUUAACAUUUUGGAUGCGGGUUUGAAUAAGGUUAGAAAGUUGUUGGGUUCUGAGAAAGCUGAAGGAUUUGAACAAGAUGUGGAUGGAGUUUUGAGGUACAAGGGCAGACUUUGUAUUCCACAGGAUGAAGAGUUGAAGAAGUUGAUACUUGAAGAAGGUCAUAAAAGCAAGUUGAGUGUACAUCCGGGUAUGACAAAAAUGUAUUAA